AUGAUGACUGAAUUAUUUUGGCGGCAUCGUCAUCCGUCAGGCCACCACCACCACCACAUUAUCCGUCUUGUCCUCUUCACUCUCAUCAACACCAGUCCAAGUACAUUCACUCCCAUCCAACAACCAAAAACAAAACACCCCCAAGUGAAGCUAUCCGCCCAACAAACAACAACCAGCCCACACGCACCCCAGCAACAUCCAUCCAUUCCCCCCUUUCUCCUUAAUUUUACCACACGCGUAUCCCCGUCACCCACCUCGCCCUUCCCUCCCCACAUGCCAUGAAACACACCCAGAAAUAACUCCAGAAACGGUCAAAACACCAAACAAACAACAAGCUUCCCCCCAGGAAAAACAACAAAAGUCGCCUAGCUAGCUUGAUCCUCGUUCGAUUCCCCACUCUCUCUCUCUCUUUCUCUUGUCGAGUACAAUCUCCUACCCAAUCGAGAAGCAGGGUUCAAAAAAGGGGGCGAGCGACGAUGGUUUCGAGGCGCGACAGUGAGUCACUUGGGGCUGGAAGAUCUAGAUGUUCGUUCUUUUUUUUUUUUU